AUGUACGAAACCUGGGACAUCUCCUCAACCUGGACCCUCGAGCUCCUCUCCGCCGGCCUAAGCGUAGCCUCCCUCGCCGCCCUAGCUGGCGUCCUAGCAUAUGCUGACGGCCGCGAACUUGUCGCGUGGUACAAUUUGACGUUAAACACCGUCAUCUCCAUCCUCUCCACCAUCUCCCGCCUCUGCGCCAUCUUCGUCCUCUGUGAAAGCAUCGCACAAGUGAAAUGGGCCAUCUUUGCCGAGAACGCGCGCAGCCUGCUCGACUUCGAGGCGAUUGAUGCGGCGUCUAGAGGACCGGUGGGCGCUUUUUGGUUGUUGUGGCGGGGAAAGAGGGUGGCGAUGGUGGGGGCUGUGGCGAUGUUGCUGGCGCUGGUUUUCGAUCCGUCUGCGCAGCAGCUUGUGAGGUGGCGGACGGCAGUGGAGUUUGAGGCGAGUGAGGUGGCGAGGUUGCCGAGGGCGGUGAGGUAUGGGAGGGGAAUCGGGUUGUGGCGAGUACGGUGGUGGGGUUGGGUCGUGAUGAUGGGAUCCAAUGAUCUGAGCAAAGAUCUGCAGCGAUCGGAGUCUACUGGUCAGUCCACUUCGGUGCUGAUGGAUACGUCCAACUCUGGCAGCAUGUUCGGUAACGUUGUCAAAUUAGAACUGCUGAAUCAGCUAUCUAUCGAUAAUUACGAAAGCGUAGCUCCGGAGCUGCUCUUCACUUCGUGGGGGACAGGUAAUGAGAGCGGCACGGUCAGCAUGAGUGAUAUCGACACUUUAAUAUGGUCCAUGGCAAUCUUACGAGUCAAGCCAAAGGACCAGGGCGAAACGAGGACGUGGCCACAUGUGGAUCUCGAAGAGUCCGAGUGUGCGCUAUACUACUGCGUCAAGCGGUACAACGAGUCCGAUAUGAACAACAGCCUCUCCCACUCGUGGACCGAAGUCACGACCGCAACCAGAUCCCAGGACUCGUACUCGUGGCAACCCAGCCAGUCCUCCAUUGACCAGUACCAGGCUGAGCUCAACGAUGCCGAUAUCGAGUCUCUCGCCUUCGACGACUCCCUCUCCGCUGUCGAGAGAACAGACCUCCAGCUCGGCGAUGUCUUCAACAUUUCCCAAGCGGCAGUCAACGGCCUCAGCUCUUUCUUCCAAAGCACUUUCGCAGCCAAGAACAUCUCAAACGUCAACAACACGAAUGGCUUCUACAUGCGCAGCUCCGCCAAUACACAGUAUCAACCCGCUGCCAUCCAACCUCUCGUCUUAUCGGUGAAUCUUGACGCCACCUUUACCGCCCUAGCAGAGAGCAUGUCCAACCCCAUCCGUACCGCAGAUGACAACGCCAUCACAGACUUUGGGAUGAUGGGAACGAGUGUCACGCGCUACAGAGUGCACUGGCCAUGGAUCACGCUGCCCAUCCUCGUCGUCCUCGCCAGCGUCGGCCAGCUCGUCAUCACCAUCCGUGCCAGCGGCGAUGCUCCACUGUGGAAUAACAGCGUAUUAUGUUCAAAUAGUGAUAGAUCUCGCAGUCGGCGCUCGUACGAGACUUUAAGGGUCGUUGAAAAUCAGUGGGACAAUCAGAGUUUGCUAGCGCAAUUUUUGCAUUCACUUGCAUCCUUUGCUGGCGUUGACACUAACGCGUACAUCUUAGCACAGAAUGGCAUAUAG